AUGCUGGCUCCGGCUAUUCUUUACUCCGGUCUUAUAGCAAAGGAUGAAAGACCUGUACAAGUGAUUGGAUUCAGCGUGUUUGGUAUUUAUACACGAAUAUAUAUCCCCUGUAAUGACGCUAACACACACCAGACUCACAAUAUUCCCUGGAAUACACUCGCCUCACAUCUAAAAAUCUACUGGCCAGAUAUCCCCACCUGGCAAAACCCUAGCAACCUAUACUUCCGAUCGAAGGACAAUCAAGAAAAUGAUGUUCGCUAUUUCGCUACCUGCUUCGCGAAGACUAUCAGGGAACAUACGACAUGUGAACGCAAGAAAUUCGCUGAAAAUUAUGACGUAUCAGGGAAGGAUGAUAUUAUUCUCGAUGAUACUACAGUACAGAAAACCAGCCCUCUUGUGUACAAAUGGCGACAAAGCUAUCGGUGGGACCUAGCGGACAAAUCGAAACCAAAAGUUUGCAUGAGUACAUCUAUUCGAAAACUGUGCACCCAUAACGACGGAUUCAACUGUGGAUGUGCAAUCCCGUUCAAAGAAAGAAAAGUAUCUUCAUUCCUACGACGAUAUUAUAGCAAUGAUUGCUAUAAGUUCUAUCGAGAAAACAGGGAUCAAUUCUACAACAUUGAGCUAGCCAAGACACUUAUUCUUUACGAUGAGAUGGAACCAAUCCUUCGUGUUUGUUCUCACCCUGACGUGGACUAUAAGAGAUGGCAUUCGGUACUAGAAUGCUAUGAUACGGACCAGCAAGCCGGCUGGGAUAUUGUUUAUAUAUCAGCUCUCAAUGCCUACCUGUGUCUAAAUAUUCUGUACUGUUUCCCUGCAUUAUGGGACGACGCAUCAUCGACCAGGCCAAUAGACUACAGAUCGACCAAGGUAUAUCAACGCACGCUCAGAAGCUGUACCUGGUCAGAUGUCACGUCCGAAGUACCACACUAUCCACAUCGGGCAUUCUUCGGUAUAGAUGACCGCCAAUUUAGAGAGUGGCCUAGAAUGAGUCCAGAAUUUGGCACCAAAUACAUGCCUGAUAUCUACACUCUAUCGGAAUGGUCUUUCAGGGACAGGGUCUUCCCAUAUGGUGCGGCACCAAUCGACGAUUUUCUCAAAUCGGAAAAUGAAGUCGGGUAUCUGCCGGAUGUUGCUUCAGUUGCACUUGUUAGGACUAUCUUGUACAGCAAAGGUUUACCUCCAGAGUUGACUGCAGACGUGAUGGAAAAAGCCGAUUAUACAGUGAAGCGAAGGCUUUCUCAUCCCCAUGACCCGUUCCAUCCCGGAAAUCUGGAUGAGCUGCACAAAUACUUGACGUAUUGUUGGCGGUUGAUGGUCAAUUGCAAUAUGAUGGCAGAUGCGCUUGGGAUAAACAUUGAAUGGGAGGUUUACAUCUAUAGGUUUCUCACUUAUUACAUAUCUUUGCCUGGACACGGAUCUUUCGUCAAGUAUUUUAUCCUCAUCUUCAAAACAUCACACAAGGUAUUGUCGCCAACAAUACCCAGCAUGGGUGACCCUCUGGGACUCGGUUCUGCUGAGUCAGACGAUGUCGUGAUGACUGGUGCUGGCAAUCAGGAUGCCAGUGGAAACUCGUUCCCGAAUGACUUGGACGCCUUCUGGAACAAUACUGAUCCAAAUAAUGCAUUCAUGCUACAAAAUCAACGGAGUCAAAAUUUUGAUAUUGCCUCUGAGUAUUGGCUCAAUUCUCUUCCUGAUAGCCCCAAUCCAGAGAGUUUUGGCUAUGUCCGAGACCAGACACUGGGCCCUGAUAUUGCCAUGGGGAACACCCUUGCAGCCUCCAAUGGACCAGUAGCUGGAACAGGUUUUGACGAGCAGUUUAUUGAUCCUGAAUUGUUGGAGACACCUGCGAAUGUUCCAGUGUCAUCAUCACCUAAAACCCCAUCUCGAACCCCAACGUCUAGGAACUCCGUUAGACGUGUAAGAGCUAUAUCGGAUAAUUUCAGACCCAUUGCUCCCAGUCCCACUCGUGAGACUAAAUCAACUUAUCCCAGUGGUUUUGAAAUGCCACCGCCGCGAACUACACAGACCCCUUCUAGCUCAUCCCAGGUCAACACGGCGAAUGUCAAUGAGCCACAGCAGGACUUUAUUAACAUGAGCAUCCCAGAGUUCCAGGUUACAGACAUUGACCUUAUUCUAGCUAAUGAGAACUUUCACACCUUUGACUUCAGCGCAGGCGUUCUCAAUGGUUUCGGUGCACAGUUCGAUGCGUUUCCGUCGAAUACCGCUACCCCUGACAAUGUUGCUAACCAAGCGAUGGGAACUGCUACGGCCCAACCUGACAUGCAAUCAGCGGAACCCUUCUCAGGUAACUGCGACACAGAUCGGAUCUAA